CUUAAAAGGGAGAUUUUUAGCGGCCGAUACCAGCAAGGACAAGUUUUCAAUCAAGAAAAAAGAACACGCAAGAUUUGUAUUAUUUCCCUUCUUUUCCCGGUGGAACUUUUUCAUUUUGAAUAAUUCGCCAUAAAUUCAUUCUUGAGGAUUAUUGCUGGAUAUCUAAAUAUUUUUUUGCGGGAUUUUAUUCCUUUUGCUCUGCUGUUUUUCGUUAAACAGGCAGCAGGUUGGUGCUUCACCAUGAAGUUGACAGGGAUAUUUUUGCUAUUGAUGUGUUGGACCUGCGAGAGUGCGCGAGUCGCAGAGAGUCGAGACGACAAUAGCGUGUAUGACUUGUUUGAGCUCGUCAAAGUCCCAAAGAAGAACCACGGGGUCACCCUGGUGAAAGGAGACGACCCGUACAGCCCCGCCUACAAGAUCCUCAACCCGGACCUGAUCCCCCCGGUCCCCGAGAGCGCCUUUAGGGACCUCAUCGAUUCCAUCCACGCCGAGAGGGGAUUCCUCCUCCUGCUCAACUUCAAGCAGUUCAAACGCAGCAGGGGAAGCCUCCUGACCGUGGAGAAGACAGAUGGCUCCGGACCCGUGUUUGAGAUCGUCUCCAACGGCAAGGCGAACACCUUGGACAUAGUUUUCUCCACCGAGAACAAGCAGCAGGUGGUUUCCAUUGAAGAUGUGAAUCUGGCUACGGGCCAGUGGAAGAAUAUCACGCUGUUCGUGCAGGAGGACCGGGCGCAGCUGUACGCGGGAUGCGAGGAUGUGAACACAGCAGAGCUGGAUGCGCCCAUCCAGAGCAUCCUGACGCUGGAGACGCCGGCCAGCUCGCAGCUCAGGAUUGGCAAGGGAGCCGUGAAGGACAGGUUCACGGGUGUCCUACAAAACGUGCGGUUUGUGUUUGGAGCAUCACUGGAAGCCAUCCUUCGCAACAAAGGAUGCCAAAGCUCCAUAACGACUGACUCCAUGAUCCUGGAGAACCUCAAUGGCUCUUCGGCCAUCAGAACAGAGUACACUGGACACAAGACUAAAGACCUGCAGAUGGUCUGUGGCUUCUCCUGCGAGGACCUGAUCAGCAUGUUUAAGGAGCUGAAGGGCCUUGGUGUGGUGGUGAAGGAGCUGUCCAAUGAACUCCGCCAGCUGACGGAUGAGAACAAACUGAUUAAGAACCGCAUUGGCAUUCACAGUGGCGUCUGCAUCCACAACGGCAUUGUGCACAAGAACAGAGACGAGUGGACCGUCGAUGACUGCACAGAGUGCACUUGUCAGAACUCUGCUACUGUGUGCCGCAAGAUCUCCUGCCCCCUGAUCUCCUGUGCUAAUGCUACUGUUUCUGAUGGAGAGUGCUGCCCACGCUGUGGAACACUGAGCGACUAUGCAGAAGACGGCUGGUCGCUGUGGUCUGAAUGGACCCAUUGUUCUGUGUCAUGUGGGCGGGGCAUACAGCAGCGUGGGCGCUCUUGCGACCGUAUCAAUAACAACUGCGAGGGCACCUCUGUGCAGACCCGCGACUGCUACCUCCAGGAGUGUGACAAGCGAUUUAAGCAGGACGGCAACUGGAGCCAUUGGUCACCCUGGUCAUCCUGCUCCGUCACUUGUGGUGCUGGUGUCAUAACCCGUAUCCGUCUUUGCAACUCCCCCACCCCUCAGCUUGGAGGAAAGAACUGCGAGGGAGAAGGCCGACAAACCGAGGCGUGUCAGAAAUCUCCAUGCCCCAAAGUGUCUAACCCUUGCUUUGCUGGAGCCAAGUGCACCAGUUUACCUGAUGGUUCCUGGAAGUGUGGAAAGUGCCCAGCUGGCUACACCGGCAAUGGCAUCAAGUGCAAAGAUAUUGAUGAGUGCAAGGAGGUCCCAGAUACUUGCUUUGAGUUUAAUGGUGUGCACCGCUGUGAGAACACAGAUCCUGGCUACAACUGUCUGCCCUGUCCUCCUCGCUACUCAGGACCCCAACCGUUUGGCAAGGGUGUGGAGCAGGCUGCUGCUAAGAAACAGGUGUGCACGCCCCGUAAUCCCUGCCUCGAUGGAAGCCAUGACUGCAACAAAAACGCCCGUUGUAACUACCUUGGACACUUUGCCGAUCCCAUGUACCGCUGUGAGUGCAAACCCGGCUAUGCUGGCAACGGCCAUAUCUGUGGAGAGGACACAGAUCUGGAUGGCUGGCCCAAUGCUGACUUGGUUUGUGUGGAGAACGCCACCUACCACUGCAAAAAGGACAACUGUCCGAACCUCCCCAACUCUGGACAGGAAGAUUACGAUAAGGACGGCGUUGGAGAUGCUUGCGACAAUGAUGAUGACAAUGAUGGCAUUCCUGACGAUAGAGAUAACUGUCCAUUCGUGUACAACCCCAGGCAGUAUGACUAUGACCGCGAUGAUGUGGGUGACCGCUGUGACAACUGCCCCUACAAUAGUAACCCAGACCAAACAGACACAGACAACAACGGAGAGGGAGACGCCUGCGCUGUGGACAUUGAUGGAGAUGGGAUAUUGAAUGAGAAGGACAACUGUCCCCAUGUGUACAAUGUCGACCAGAGAGACACAGAUCUGGACGGAGUGGGAGACAUGUGCGAUAACUGCCCUCUGGAACAUAAUCCAGAUCAGGUGGAUUCAGAUGAUGACCGGGUGGGAGACAAGUGUGACAGCAACCAGGACAUUGAUGAGGACGGACACCAGAACAACCUGGACAACUGUCCAUACAUCCCUAACGCCAACCAGGCUGACCAUGACAAGGAUGGCAAGGGAGACGCCUGUGACCAUGAUGACGACAACGACGGCAUCCCUGAUGACAAGGACAACUGCAGACUGGCCUUCAACCCUGACCAACUGGAUUCUGACGGUGAUGGCCGUGGAGAUGCUUGCAAAGAUGACUUUGACCAAGACAACGUACCUGACAUCUAUGAUGUAUGCCCAGAGAACUUUGACAUUAGUGAGACGGACUUCCGCCAGUUCCAGAUGGUUCCUCUUGACCCCAAAGGCACCUCGCAGAUUGAUCCUAACUGGGUUGUCCGCCAUCAGGGCAAAGAACUGGUUCAAACUGUCAACUGCGACCCUGGCAUUGCUGUUGGUUACCACGAGUUCAAUUCAGUGGACUUCAGUGGAACUUUCUUCAUCAACACAGAGAGGGAUGAUGAUUACGCCGGCUUUGUGUUUGGCUAUCAGUCCAGUUCCAGGUUCUAUGUGGUCAUGUGGAAGCAGAUUACGCAGACGUACUGGUCGAAUAAACCCACCAAGGCCCAGGGCUACUCUGGCCUGUCCAUCAAAGUGGUUAACUCCACCACUGGCCCAGGAGAGCAUCUGAGGAAUGCCCUCUGGCACACAGGAAAUACCCCAGGACAGGUCCGCACUCUCUGGCAUGACCCUAAGAACGUUGGAUGGAAAGACUUCACUGCCUACAGAUGGCAUCUGAUCCACAGACCAAGAACAGGACUUAUUAGAGUUGUGAUGUACGAGGGCAAGAAGAUCAUGGCAGAUACUGGUAGCAUCUACGACAAGACAUAUGCUGGUGGCAGGCUUGGUCUUUUUGUCUUCUCACAAGAGAUGGUAUACUUCUCAGACCUCAAGUAUGAAUGCAGAGAUGUCUAAAUGCACGGCGCAGGAAGCUCUGAGGAAUGCACCUUUUUUGUAUAAAGUAUGAACUUAUGUAUUCUGAUGCAAAGUCCAGGGACAGAUUUAUCUCCGCAUCUCUUUCUUCUGCGGCACGCGCACUCAGACGAGGCGAAGGGCAUGUGGUCAGCUCAGGGUAACUUGAAGCUGGUUCGGGCAGAGCACCAACCGGUUGACUGCCAGUUGAGGAUCAGAGAGCCCCUUCUCCUCCACCCUUAGCAUCCACGAGAGCAGGGAGAGCUGGGAGAGCUGGGGAAAAGAGAAAACAAGCCCUCUAGCUUCGCCAGUAGGACACAAACACCUUUCUAUCCCAGCUCUGCCUGCUUUCUCGCUCUCUGAAAACCUCAUUCAUCUCUGUGCGGGAGCGGCUCCCCAUAGACAACUAUGCACUUCCAAGCCUUUACAUCUCUCUCUCUCUCUCUCUCUCUCUUUCUUUCGGUCUCACCUCUUCAGCCUGUGUGCCUUUCUACCCUGCCUUCUGGAUGGAUAUCCCAAAGAAAAAAAACUGAUGAAAUAUUCCUUUUGCUUUACCAGAUCUGCCAUGAUGUAGAUUCUGAAUGAUAUCACUUUUGAGGACUCAGAGGAUGAAGACAGCAAUAACAUUUUUUAGGGAUCUUGGUUGUUAAGGACUUAAGAAAACUGUUGGGAGUGGUGCGGGUUACAAAUAAGGGGAACAUGAUGUCGUGGAUGUUUGUGGUCAUGUAUGUACUGUAUGUGGAAGACUGGAACAAGGAAGUGCUUUUACCCAUCUACUAAUAGAGAAAUACAAAAUUAAAUUUAGGUUAGUUAUUUCUUUUAACUUAGAAGUAUCGUGGGCUUUGUUGAUGCCAUCUGGUUGACUAAACAACUCUCAGGGUGAGAUGGAAGUUGAGACCUUCCCAUAUCAAACCAGUAAGAAAAAAUAAGAAUUAUUUUGCAUAAAAUUAAUAGAGCCAGUGUUUCCUCCAAAAUACUCCCCAUCUUACAUCAAAACCUUGGUCAUUGAAGAGAUUUAUCUCCCUCGGCUUCUGAGGAUUUCAAUUUUAAAUUAUGUAAAUACAUGUAAUUUAUUGACUCUUACCUACAAUGUAGGCAGCAAAAGGAAAUUUGAAUGCUUUGAAAAAGUAAAAGAAAUCCAUCCAAUAUCAAAUCAGGUACAGCCAGGCAUCAGUGUCUAUCAUCUCCCGCUGUACCAUGCUAGAUAGGGCUAUCUAGCAUGAAGUGUAUGUGACUUGUGUGCCUUUUCUUCAGAGAGAGAUGAAAUCUUUGAUGUACAAAUAUUACCUCAUUGCUGUUGUAUAAUUUGAUUAAACAAAAACACAACCUACACAAACUUUUUCAUAUUCCUUUGAAAUGACGGACGUCUUAGUGCCACUGUAGCAUGAGCUGUAAAUAGUAAAGACAUUUCAUAUCUAAAAACACAACGAGUUCCCAAUCCCAUGAUCUACCCGAGUGACAGUAACAGUACAAGGGGAGAUAUCUUUUUUUUAUAAAUAAUUUUUGCUCUAUCCUGUAUGUCCAAUGCUGUUUUUAGCAGAUAAAUUAUUGUUUUGUCUUAGCUGUUUGUGAGAGGUUGAUUUGUGUGUGUGCGUGUGUGUAGAUAAAUGCUAUUUAAAUAAUUUAUCAGGAUUUGUCGGCUUACCAAAGGCCACACGUCCAUCUGUAUAAACGGUUUGCACACUGACGUGAGGAUGUUCUGUUCUUUAUCGUUUUUACCUUCUUUGUUAUUGUGUAUCAAUGUUACCAUUGUUUUUUGUACAAUUAGUUUUGCUUGUCUGUAAACAUUUUCUUAGUUGUACAAAGCGAAAAUGCUGUUUUUAUUCAUAGCCCUUAUUUUGUUACAUACUUCAAGACAAUAAAUAGUUGUUAAAAUUCUCAA